AUGGCUCCCACCAAUAUCCUCAAACUCCAGCAAAACUCCAGCUCGGCAUUUGGGCAGCAGGUGGUCCUGGAAACGCCUGGGCACCGCGACUGCUUCUACCGCUUCGCAAGGAUCCUCUUCGUCAGCGACAUCAAAAUCAAGCACUUCAAGCACCACGACGCUUUCUUCGACUUCCUCAUCAACUUCAGUCGUGGUCAGCUCAUCAAGCACGACCACCGGCUCGGCUCCCGCAACUUCAUCUUCGACGCUUUCGAGUACGCCGUUAUGUCCUGA